GCCGGUGUGACGUCCGACGGUGACAAAACCCCAUAGUUUAGUUGAGAGAGAGCUUUCCUUCGUUGGGCGGACGGACGGACGGACGGAGGUUCACUGCCGGCCAGCAACCUCACCGGCCAACCAUGGAGUUUUAAUUGCUUUUCUGAGCUUCUCUCUGUCUGCCAGACAGUGCCUCUCUUCUUCCUUCCUUGAGUGGCCUGGCCGCCGCCUCUGCUUCCAGCAAGCCAAGCCGAAGCACAGGCCUACCAAUCUCGUCGUUGUCAGCGCCGGCGGCCCUUCUUCUUCUUCCCCACGUCGCUGUCUCUCCGGCUCUGGCGGCGCGCCAGUUUGAGUUUCAGUUAAAGUUGCCCUCCCUUUCUUUCUCGCCCAGUUUCAGUUUGGAAUUUUGAACUCUGCUCGGUCCCCCAGCCAAGCCCAAGCAAAAGCUCCAGUAAAAGACGCCUCUUCCCCUUUUUCUCUUCACCACCGUCGAUUCCUUCCUGCCUCGUCUCCCUCGCCUUCGGAGCUAGCGCGUAGCGGCGGUGGUCGCGCCUGCAUCUGUCUCUGUCUCCCCCAAUCUCUCGUUCUGGUGCGGUGUUAGUUUUACUGUCUGGUUCAGUUCUCCCGGGGGGGUGCUGCGGUUUCGAUUCUUGUAAGGUUUGGUAGGGAGGAGAUGGCGGCGGACGGUGAGCAGCAGAGCCGGGGACCGGAGGAGGAUGCGGCGGUGGUGGUCGUGGCGGCGCGGGCGGCGGCGAGGGAGGUCCCGAGGACGGCCGUGGCGUGGGCGCUGACGCACGUCGUGCAGCGCGGCGACUCCAUCCUGCUCCUCGUCCUCAUGCCGCCGCCGCCCUCCUCCGGCAGGAAGUUCUGGGGAUUCCCACUCUUUGCGGGGGAUUGCGCGAGCGGCCACAAGGCAGUGUCGAACCAGAAGUCGGACGUCUCCGAGCUUUGUGCUCAGAUGAUGCUGAAACUCCGCGACGUGUAUGAUCCCAGCAAGAUAAAUGUGAAGGUUCGGAUUGUCUCCGGUUCUCCUUCCGGCGUGGUGGCCACCGAAUCGAAGCGAGCGCAUGCCAGCUGGGUUGUUCUAGACAGGGAGCUGAAGCUUGAGGAGAAGCGUUGCAUGGAAGAACUGCAGUGUAAUAUCGUCGUUAUGAAGCGCUCUCGGCCCAAAGUGCUUCGGCUUAAUCUGGUGAAAUCUCCUGAAAGAGUGAAGUCAGAAGCAACUGCGCCGCCGCAGCCCGAGCUGAGUGCUUCAGUUCAUGAAAAUGCAAGUGAUGUAAAGGAGGAGCAGAUUUCGAUUCGAGGUCCUGCUGUGACACCAAGUAGCAGCCCGGAGCCAGAAACACCAUUUUACAGCACCGAUGUCGGAACAUCCUCUGUAUCAAGCUCAGACCCUGCCACUUCUCCAUUUUGUGCUUCAGAAACGAAUAGCUCUCUGAAGAAAGAAGCAACCAUGGAUAUCACCGGGGCAUCCUCUGUCGCAAGUCCAGACCCUGCCACUUCUCCAUUUUGUGCUUCAGAAACAAAUAGCUUUCUGAAGAAAGAAGCAACCAUGGAUAUCACCGGGACAUCCUCUGUCGCAAGUCCAGACCCUGGCACUUCUCCAUGUUGUGCUCCAGGGGCAAACAGCUCUCUGAAGAAAGAAGCAGAAACGGAUGAUUUCAAGCAAUUGGAUGUCAACAUAUCUGACUCUGAGAGCGAAACGUCAGCUCCUCCGGCAGCCUCAUCACUCCAACCAUGGAUGGCUGACAUUCUGGAGGAACCUGCAUCAUCCAGAUUAGUACGAAACCGUCCUAGAACUAGAAGAACUCCUACUGCAGAUGCCUUGCUCGAGAAGAUUUCCAAGCUGGAUCUACUGACUGAAAUCAGUGCAGUCAGGAGCAGGUCAGACUUGAACUUCAGAGGAAAUGUGAGAGAUGUUGUCUCACUGUCAAGGAGUGCUCCUCCUGGGCCACCGCCUUUGUGCUCGAUAUGCCAGCAUAAGACGCCGGUAUUUGGGAAGCCUCCACGAUGGUUCAGCUAUGCAGAACUGGACCAUGCAACUGGUGGCUUCUCGAAAGCAAAUUUCUUGGCUGAAGGUGGGUUUGGGUCUGUUCACAGAGGGGUGCUACCUGAUGGCCAAGCAAUUGCUGUCAAGCAGCACAAACUAGCUAGCUCCCAGGGCGAUGUCGAGUUCUGCUCGGAGGUGGAGGUUCUGAGCUGCGCGCAGCACCGGAAUGUUGUGAUGCUGAUUGGUUUCUGUGUCGAAGACAAGAGGCGUUUGCUAGUUUACGAGUACAUUUGCAACAGAUCACUGGAUACUCAUCUUUAUGGCCGUAGCAAAGAGACGUUGGGGUGGGCUGCCAGACAGAAGAUUGCAGUGGGAGCCGCCAGAGGGCUGCGAUACCUCCAUGAAGAAUGUAGGGUUGGUUGUAUAAUCCACCGUGAUAUGAGACCAAACAACAUCCUCGUCACACAUGAUUUUGAGCCGCUGGUCGGCGAUUUUGGCUUGGCUAGGUGGCAACCUGACGGAGACAUGGGUGUUGAAACAAGAGUCAUUGGUACAUUCGGUUAUCUGGCACCUGAAUAUGCCCAGAGCGGGCAGAUAACCGAGAAGGCCGAUGUCUACUCAUUCGGGGUUGUUUUAGUGGAACUUGUCACCGGACGCAAGGCUGUCGAUAUUAACAGACCGAAGGGCCAGCAAUUUCUAACUGAAUGGGCACGACCUUUACUGGAAGACCAUGCGAUCGACGAACUCAUCGACCCACGCCUCGAGGACCGCUUCUGUGAAAACGAGGUCUACUGCAUGCUACACGCAGCAAACCUGUGCAUAAGACGCGACCCUCAUUCAAGGCCACGCAUGUCCCAUGUUCUCCGCAUACUGGAGGGUGACAUGGUGUUGGAAUCCGGCUGCAUUUUGGCUCCCAGCAGCGACGCCGGUAGCAUGAGCCGGCGUAUGCAGAGCGACCGGCUGCAUUUUCAGGAGCAGAGCAGCCCGGUUCAGCCUGACCCGCAGUCGCAGUGUGUCGGUGAAGUGAAUCGUUCUCAUGAGACCUUGAGGAGUGCCUGGGAUCCAGAUAGGGAGGACCUGUCCCACAGAUUGUGGUAUCCUUCAGCUGCAGAUUGCAGCCAGCCAAGAUGAAAUAUAUACUACUAUUCUUUGCCUUUGUGUAACAAUGUAGUGAUUGAGGUAUGUAUAUGCUGCCAAUUUUUGCUGCUGUUCAUAGUAAUGGAGUAGAUGGUAUUGUAGUAGGGCUUUACAUUAUGCUGAGCUCUCUGGGUUAGCUCUUGUUUUUGCGCAUUAGCCAACUGAGAAAAGUAUGCUGCUAUACUUGGUGCUGUUUCAUAUAUACUGCCUUUGUGGAAUCUCAUUGCUUGAGAUAUAUAUGGUGCCAAUUCUUGCUUCUA